AUGCUGUUUCCAUUUAUACCCUUGUCCCUGGGGAUUAUAUUUAGUCGAUUGGAUCCAGGAGAAAAACUUGUUAUAGGUUGUCGAAAAGCAACAAUUUCUGCUGAAACACAGAAAGGUGAAACAGAAGCUGUCAAUGGAUGCAAAGUCGGAUCGAUUGAAGCAACUAUUGAAAGAGACCGAGAAGUAUCUCCAGAAGUUUGGAUCAGCAGAGCCUUUGAAGCAGAUAAUGGUCUAAAUGAUAAUAGUGAAUUUACUAUUGAGAAUGAAGAUGAAACAGAUCAGGCCAAGAGCAAUGAAAAGUACUAUUUGAUGUUUCAUAGUGUCAAAGAACUUCUAGCAGAUGAAAUGUGCUUGGGGAAAACUGUUAAGGAUACAAAUAUUCCAGUAGAAGUGUGGAGAUACUAUUUGGUAACUAAUAGACCAAAGGUAUCAGACAUAUUAUUCACAUGGACGGAUCUUCAAGCAAAACUCAACACUGAGUUGCUGAAUAAUUUAGGCAAUUUCAUUAACCGUGUCUUGAGCUUUAUUUCUAAAGAUCUAGAUUCAAGAGGUGGUAGAGGUUCAGGAUAAAAUUCCAUCAUUCUGGAUGCUCCAUCUGUUAUCAAACACACUAGGAGAUAAAAUUGGUGCUUAUGUGGAACAAUAUGUGGAGACACAGCUAUAGCAGGUCAAGUUGCUGCACUUGUCCUUUGCCACACCAGAGAACUAGCUUAUCAUGUCAUAUUUUCAUUUGUAACCCUCCAACAAUUUGAAAAUGUUAAUUUUCACCCAUGUCUUACUCUUUGUAUCUUGGGUGAGAUUUGUUGCAGAGAACUAGCUUAUCAGGAACUGAAGUCAAUGUAAGUCAAAACAUGAGAAAUAUAUAAGAUCUACAGGAAAAAAUUACUGAUAGAUGUGUCUGGAUGGCUUCAUCAAUACAUAAGGGUAAAGAAGAAGGUAAGAUUGGUGAAAAACAAGGACAACAAUGAAGUCAAGGGUUUUUGUAUUAAUUUGUAGCAAUCAGGCAUCCAUGGAAUCAAUUCAUGACUCUCUUGCUGAGGCAUUGGUUAAUUUGAUAAAGGAGUGUGAAAAAUUAUGGUCAAAAGUGUAUGUUGUCUGGCCUAAAAGCAGAACUAGAAGCAUUAAGACGAAGGCACUCUAAUGUACUGGAGUUGAUGGGUGAAAGAGAUGAGGAGGUAAAAUUACCUUUUCAAUGUUUUGAAGUUUUUGAUGGAAAAAAAUAGUGUUAAUGCUCUUCAUAGAAAAGUAUGUUGGUAUUUUAGGAAAUUUGGCUAAUAAUUUAGUUAAUUAUAUAAAAAAUGUUGAAAUGUUACAUUUGUCUACUAUUGGAAUGAUUAUUUGUAUUACAUUAACUUUUGUGCAAUGUAUUGUAUUUUUUGUAUAUGAUAUGUUAUUCU